GAGAAUGCCAGACUUAUAGCUAAGAUUACUGGGCUUAAGGUUGAGAAUACUGAUAUUAAGGCCAAGUAUAACAAUACUAUAAAUGAGAUCUUGAAGCUAAGAGCCAAGCCCAAGAGUAAAAUCAAGAAGUUAGAGAAGAGUAGAACAAAUACUGUUGCUAAGAAUGCCAAGCAUAAUAAUGCAAUUGUUGAGUUUAAAGCUAAG